AUGAUUUCGCUGGGCUACCGACGGUGCAAGCGGCAACCAAGAAAGACACAGAAUCCAUCAAAAUCCAUAAGCUCACCGAUAUCCCGGUCCCACAACCAAACUGCGCAGGGCGCCGCCUCCGCCCAAGCCGUACUGUCCUGUCUUUCUAUACUUGUUCAGAACUGGGCGAUAUUCACGGGCGGAACUGGCGUCUUGCGAUUUGGCGGCUCGCCCCCAGCCCCCGGUCUUCGUUUCACGUCACCGGCGGCGCUGCACUGCUUCCUGCAGCAUCAGCUGGACCCCUUCUCCGCCACCGCUGCUGCCGCGACGGGGGAUCGGCUACUGCCGCUGCCACUCACCGCCACCGUCAACAUCACCGUGGCCGGUGGCGGCGGCAGCAGCAGCGGCACGUGUCCCGACGACCUGCCCAGUUUCGGUUCCAAAGCCUUCUGGGUCGCGGACGUACUAGGCCUUAUGCUCAAUGUACUACACACACGCGCCCAUGGUGUACGGCCGAUUGAGCAGCAGGUGUUUGCGGGGGUCGCGUUACCCGCGUGCGCCUGCCGUACCGUCGGGGAGGUGCUUACCCUGGCGCAGUCGUACUUAUCCGGGACGGUGCGGUACGAGGAUACUCCAUCAUUUGACUAUUGCGCCGGAGACCUGGCGUACCUGUACGGCAGCGCUGACUGCCAGGAGUCACAGAAUACGGACUGGCUGUGCCUGCCGCCCAGCAGCCCGUUGCCGGUGCCGCCGCCGCCGCCGCCGCCAGGGAACGUCGCAGCAAUAAUUCCGCCGAAGCUGACACGUACACCACCGCAGUCGCAGCCACCGCCACCGCCGGUAUCUCGACCGCCAUUACUUGCGCCUCCACCCCCGGCGGUACCGCCUCCGCCGCCGCCACCAUCAGCUCCCUCACCACCCUUACCUCCACCGCCGCGCCUCUCCCCACCUCCAUAUUCCCCUCCGCCUCGACCUUCAUUGCCGGCUCCGCGCCCGCCUCCGUCGCCCCUUCCAUCGCCGCCGCCACCCGUCCCGCCACCCGCUUCCCCGGACUCGCCGUCGCCGCGUCCGCCGCGUCCGCCACGCCGCCGGCCAGACCUGCCGCCGCCACCGUCCCCUCGCCCAACUCGCCGGCCCCGCCUACCUCCUGGACAACCACCUUCCCCGGCGCCGUUGCUGCCCCUAAUACCCGCAACGCCGCGUACCCCACGGUCGCCGCCGCCGCCGCCACCGCCGCGGCAACGCCCCGCACGGCCGCCGUCAUUCGCAACCCCGCUGUCGCCGCCGCCGCCGCCGCCUCUGCCGCCGCCGCCGCGAGCAGAGCCCUUCAUCCGUCCUAAUCUGCCGUACAUGCCGCCGCGGCCGGCCGGCAGCAGGAACCCCUUCCCCUUCGGCGCUUGCCGUUCGGAUUGGCCGGCAAUCGGCCGCGCCUUCCAGCUCAACUAUGCAAAUGCCAGCAGAGCGCCUGGCGGCGGCGACUGGUCGUACUGUUUCCGCGUGUCGUACUUUCAGUGCCGCCAGGCACUGUGCUGCGACAUCCCGUUGGACGUUAUCCAGUUCCUUAUCAAGGACGAAUGCUACGGUGCGGUAUACGACUUGAAAAUCAACGGCAACGCGCGCAGCCCGACGUAUAAGGUGUACGACUACAACGGCUGGACGUACACCGUCAUGAAGCUCUCCGCACUGGGCCUGUCGUACAGAGAAGCCCAGGGCGCCAGCGUGUGCUUCACCCUCAGCUCUCUGGUGUGCCCCUCCCUCAGCGCCCUCUGCGACUCGCCCCUAUGUCAACUGGCUAUGGGCAACCAGCCGAGUCCAGGGAGGGAGACCUGCUGCCCCACACAGCGUUACCUUGUGGUGGAACCCGGGCAGGAGCUGGUUUGA